AUUUUUAUGGGCAAACCUAGUACAGUACAUAUACUUGGUUACUGAGAAACAAGAUGAUUCCAGGUACUGCCUCCGGAACGAGAAACUCAAAUACCCAACUGUAACGAUCUUCUCUCCUCUUCUGUGUCUUAACUUUUUAUCUGAGAGCCAAACCUCACAAUACAUGCGAAAAACCUCCAAUCUUUUAAAAAAGAAAAAAAGGGCCAGAUGCUGCUGCUCCACAGUUACAGCUACAGCUCUAGCUCCGGAGAAUUUACUCAAGAAAGUCUCCACAACUCGAUGCAUAACCUAAGCUUGCUUCCAAACCUUCAUUCUCCUUUCAAAACUAGGGCUUUUCUAGGGUUUAACCUGCACGACCCUCGCUUAGCAAAAAGACAGCAACGCUCUUUGCACUAUGUUGUACCCUCUCACCUGGACCUUGAUACUAUGGUAAGUUCACAUGCCCACCAACAGAAUCUGGAGGGAUCUAGGGUCCUACUAGGAUUUAAGCUUCAGUGCCAUUCUAGAGCAUUAGCUCUCCCAGCACAAAGUUCUUCACUCAAUAGUAGGAAAAAGAAGUAUGGAGGUGUAUUGCCUUCGAUUUUAAGGUCAUUGGGUUCUGAAAAUGACAUCGAAAAGACCCUUAAUUCCUUUGGUGGGAAUUUGAAUCCAAAAGAACAGACUGUUAUUCUCAAAGAACAGAUCAGAUGGGAAAGAGUAAUCAGGGUUUUUGAAUGGUUCAAGUCGCAGAAAGGGUAUGUCCCCAAUGUAAUUCACUAUAAUGUUGUGCUUCGAGCAUUGGGUAGAGCUCAGAAAUGGGAUGAGUUGAGGCUUUGUUGGAUUGAAAUGGCAAACAAGGGCAUUUUGCCAACGAAUAAUACAUAUGGGAUGCUCGUCGAUGUGUAUGGGAAAGCUGGGCUUGUGAAAGAAUCGCUUUUGUGGAUUAAGCAUAUGAGACAGAGGGGACUUUUUCCGGACGAAGUUACGAUGAAUACGGUUGUUCGGGUGUUAAAGGAUGCAAAAGAGUUUGAUAGGGCUGAUAGGUUUUAUAGAGAUUGGUGUGUUGGGCGAGCUGAGUUGGAUGAUCUUGAUUUGGAUUCUAUAGUUGAUUCUGUAGACGAGGGCUCUGCACUUGUUAGUAUUAAGCAUUUUUUGUCAACUGAACUUUUCAAGACGGGUGGGAGAAUUUCUGCUCCACAAAUUAGGAGUGCUUAUGAUGUGGAGAAUUCUGUUCGGAAGCCAAGACUUACAUCUACAUAUAACACCUUGAUUGAUUUGUAUGGAAAGGCUGGGCGACUUAAAGAUGCAGCUGAUGUGUUUGCUGAAAUGUUGAAGUCUGGGGUUGCAAUGGAUACCAUUACUUUUAACACUAUGAUCUUUACUUGUGGAAGCCAUGGAAAUUUGUCAGAGGCAGAACUUUUGUUUACUAAGAUGGAAGAAAGGGGCAUAUGUCCUGACACUAAAACUUUUAACAUCUUUCUUUCUUUGUAUGCUGAUGCUGGGCAGAUUGAUGCAGCUCUCCAAUGUUACAGGAAGAUUAGAGAGGUAGGCCUUUUCCCUGAUAGUGUUACUCACAGAGCUGUGCUUCAUAUAUUAUGUGAGAGAAAUAUGGUUCAAGAUGUGGAGACCGUGCUUUUGGAAAUGGAGAGAUCAGGCUUGCGUGUUGAUGAGCAUUCUAUUCCUGGUGUUGUUAAAAUGUAUAUCAAUGAAGGAUUGCUUGAUCAGGCAAAAUCCACUUUUGAAAAGACUCAAUCAAAUGGUGGGUUGUCAUCAAAGACGCGUGGAGCAAUUAUAGAUGCUUAUGCUGAAAAGGGUCUUUGGGCUGAAGCUGAGGCCGUGUUCUUUUGUAAGAGAGAUUUGGUAGGACAGAAGAAGGACGUUUUGGAAUACAAUGUCAUGGUCAAAGCUUAUGGAAAGGCAAAGCUUUAUGAUAAGGCCCUCUCUCUCUUCAAGGACAUGAAAAAUUAUGGGACAUGGCCAGACGAGUGCACCUAUAAUUCUCUCAUUCAAAUGUUUGCUGGAGGUGAUCACGUGGAGCAAGCAAGGGAACUGUUAGCGGAAAUGCAGGCAAUGGCCUUGAAACCUCAUUGUUCAACCUUCUCUGCUGUUAUUGCAUGCUACGCUCGUCUUGGACAACUUUCUGAUGCUGUUGGUGUCUACCAAGAAAUGGUAAGAGUAGGAGUACCUUCAAAUGAAGUGGUGUAUGGAUCUCUAAUCAAUGGAUUUGCAGAGUCUGGUAGAGUUGAAGAUGCUCUACAAUACUUCUGCCAGAUGGAAGAAUCUGGGAUUUUGGUAAAUCAAGUAGUGUUGACAUCCCUGAUUAAGGCUUAUGGUAAGGUGGGGAAUCUGGAAGGAGCAAAAGCAAUAUAUGAGAGGAUAAAGGAUUCGGAGAGUGGUCCAGAUAUUGUCGCGUCAAACAGUAUGAUCAACCUCUAUGCAGAUUUAGGGAUGGUUUUUGAGGCCAAAUUGCUUUUUGAAGAUUUGAGGGACAAGGGUUGGGCUGAUGGGGUUUCAUUUGCAACGAUGAUGUACCUUUACAAGAACUUGGGCAUGUUCGAUGAAGCUAUUGAUGUUGCGGAGGAAAUGAAACAGUCAGGUUUAUUAAGGGACUGUACUUCAUAUAAUAAGGUAAUGGCUUGUUAUGCCACUAAUGGGCAGUUACGUGAGUGUGGUGAAUUGUUGCAUGAGAUGAUAACUCGGAAGCUCUUGCCCGAUCCUGGUACCUUUAAAGUAUUAUUCACUGUAUUGAAGAAGGGAGGUUUUCCGAUUGAAGCAGUAACACAGCUAGAGUUAUCUUACCAGGAAGGAAAACCUUAUGCUCGACAAGCUGUCAUCACCUCACUUUUCUCUUUAUUGGGUAUGCAUGCUUUUGCAAUUGAGUCCUGCGAAAUCUUAGCAAAAGCUGAUGUGGUUCUUGAUUCUUCUGUCUACAAUGCUGCUAUAUACGCUUAUGGGGUAUUUGGGGAAAUUGACAAGGCUUUGAACAUAUUCAUGAAAAUGCAGGAUGAGAACCUGGAACCCGACCUUGUAACAUUUAUAAAUCUGGUAGGUUGUUAUGGAAAAGCUGGCAUGCUUGGGGGUGUGAACCGGAUUUACAGCCAACUAAAAUUUGGAGAGAUUGAACCCAGUGAAUCCUUGUUUAAGGCAAUAAUUGAUGCAUAUAAAAAUGCCAACAGACAUGACCUUGCUAAUUUGGUUACCCAAGAGAUGAGAUUUGUUUCCGACUCCCAACUAUCAUCUGAGUCUUUAACUGAAGACGAGUCAGAUGGCUUGCAACAAGCAUCUGAUUCUGAAACCGUAGAUGAAUAUGAUGAAAUUUCUUCAGUUAUUUAGAAUACACAAUUAUUGUUGGUUCAAAGUGGGAGGCUCCCUUUGGUGGACACUGUACAGAAGCAGCAUUUUGCAAGCUUUGAAGAUUGUGUGUUCAUACUCAGAAAAGGAAUAUAGCACAUUAGUGGAUUGAUGAAAGACUCUAUCGAACAAGGUUCUGGUUUUGAACGAGAUAUGUAAUCUUGGGAUAGUCCCUUGUAAAACUUUAUGAACUUCGCAAUAUGUAAAUACCGAAUUUUGCCA